AGAACCUGUUUCGCCCAGAAAGUUCUUUACUGAGCUGGGGUGAGCGCACCUUAUUCAGAGAGGAAGAAGCUGAGGACCCUCCUGUGGGUGCGCGGCUGGCUGAUGGAGUCUUGGGAGAGACCUGACCUCACACACAGCGUCAGCCAGCGCGCUGACGUUGUUUGCACGCAAGGCUCUGGCCAGUGCAGCGCGGUGCAGAUUUGGGAGGCCACGGAGCGUGCAACAUGAUUAUACCAGUCAGAUGCUUCACUUGUGGGAAGGUGGUCGGAAACAAAUGGGAGGCGUACCUGGGUCUUCUACAAGCGGAAUAUACAGAAGGGGAUGCCCUGGAUGCUUUAGGAUUGAAGCGUUACUGUUGUCGGCGGAUGCUACUCUCACACGUGGACCUCAUUGAGAAGCUACUGAAUUAUGCCCCCUUAGAGAAGUAGCAUCAGACCACACCAUUGUUUGUCAGUAGUUUCCAUUAUGUUCUCAGUUCAUUUGUUCAAUUCUUAGUUUGGCUCCACUGACUAACAGCGAGUGCAUUGGUUCUACAAUAAAGUAUUUAUUUGCUGCACA